AUGUAUCAAUGCAAAGCAUAUGCCAAGGAGGUUGAAUUAUUGAAAGGACAAGUGAGGAAUAUACUGCUAGUAGGCAGCGGUAAUAAAUUGGUGGAGAAAAUUCUUCUUAUCAACACACUCGAACGUCUUGGUGUAUCUUAUCAUUUUGAAGAGGAGAUUGAAGAGCUUCUUCAAUUAAUGUUUGCUAAUUUUCAAGAUGACAGUAUUGAUAACUCUAAUUUGUUCACUACUUCAGUUCAGUUUCGCAUAUUCAGACAACAUGGUUACAGAAUACCUUCUAGUGUAUUCAACAAAUUCAAAGGUACAAACGGGAAAUUCAAGGAGUCCUUAAUUCAGGAUGUGACAGGAAUGCUGAGCUUGUAUGAAGCAGCAUAUGUAGGGACACAUGGAGAAGAUAUUCUAGAUGAAGCUCUUGCUUUUAGCAAAACCCACCUCCUCUUGAUGCUACCAAGUUUAAACCCUAACCUUGCAAACCAAGUAAAACGUGCUUUGCAUCGUUGCCUCCAUAGGAGCAUGCCUAGAUUGGAAGCACGACACUACAUAUCAUUCUACGAAAAGGAUCCUUCAAGGGAUGACCUAUUACUCAGGUUUGCCAAGGUUGAUUACAAUCUACUGCAGCUAUUGCACAAGCAAGAAUUUGUGAUGUCUCAAGGUGGUGGAAUGAAAUGGAAAUUCCUACUAAACUUCCUUAUGCAAAAAAGGCCAACUGAGUGUUAUUUUUGGAGUUCAUUUGCCUAUUUUGAGCCGCAUUACUCAUUUGCACGGGUAAUUCUAGCUAAAGUAAUCAUGGUGAUGACGCUUCUAGAUGAUACCUAUGAUGCAUAUGGUACAUUUGAAGAAUUGAAACAAUAUACUAACGCGGUAGAGAGGUGGGACGCUGUUGAUCUUCCAGAAUAUUUGACUUUAGUAUUUGGGGUGCUUGCCAAUUUGCACGAGGAGUUAGAGUUCAAAGAUCUAGCUAGAGCUUAUGAGCUGGAGAUCAAAUGGGUCGAGGAUGGCUAUGCGCCAACAAUGGAAGAGUACUUUGCCAAUGGGAUAGCAACCAGCACGGGCACCUUGCUCCUUGCUUCAUUUGUAGGCAUGGGAGAAUUUGCAAAAGUCGAUGCAUUUGACUGGCUGCGAGCUAAUCCAAGAAUCGCGGUUGCUUCUGCCAUAGUUGGUCGCCUCAUCAAUGACUUAGCAAGCAGUGAGAGAGAGCAAGAAAGGGGACAUAUUGCUGGUGCGCUUGAAUGCUAUAUGAAGGAGUUUGACCUUUCAAAGCAGGAUGCCAUUGAUGAAAUAUAUAGAAGGAUAGAUGAUGGAUGGAAGGAUAUUAACGAAGAAAUCCUUAGGCCAACGACAGUCUCCAUGCAUCUGCUUAUGAGAAUCCUAAAUAUUACGCGAUCAGUGGAUGCUCUUUACAAGGAUGGGGAAGCAUUUACUCAUCAACAGAUACUAAAAGACAAAAUGGAGCUGUUGUACCUUAAUCCAAUUCCCGUUUGUUAA